UUGUCUUUGAAAUUGAUUACAGCACGCGAAAGGUCGGUUUCGCCUAGGGCGGUGCCCCUAGCUAUACGUUGAAAAAAGUUCAUGGAAUAUUUUUUUCGGACCUUUUUAGGCCCUUCGAGAAAAAAUCCCCUGGGGCUUUUACUAUUCAAAGAGGGCCCGAUCUUUUGAGCAAAUAAAAUUUUGUCGUCUUACCCCUCCCCCCUUUUAAUGGAGUGAUUUGGUACAUUUUUUAAUUUUCUUAUUUUUCAGAAACAACCGUCGAGGGUUUUUCCCAUCAAAUUCACAAUUUUCAUCAUUUUCUGAUGUAAGUUUUCUUAAAUAGGCGAACAUUUUGAGAAAAAGAAUGUAGAAGUUUCAGGCUUCCGAUAAUCCAGAUGUUUUGUUUGGACAGGAAAUUCAAAGAUAUCAACAACAACUUCUCAGGGAACGGGCCAGCCAAGUUAGUUUAUUUUGAGGUUGGGGGUGGGAUCAUAACUAAAAGUUUUUCGUUUUCAAAUUACUAUGUUUGAAUCAUUAGAUGAAGCUUUGAAUUACACGUAGAAUUAUUUUUCAAAGUUUUAUGCACGCGAUUUCCAGAUUUCCAGUUUUGAAUUUAUUUUUUUCCUUUUAUAAUGUCGUUUUUUUCAAUCGUUUUCAAACACAUAAUCCCAUGAGCAAUACUUCCCCCCAAAAAUUCCACAAAAUUUCCGGGUAAAGUACAAACACAUAUUGCAUAGCAGAUCUUUAAUCAUCCAAGCCCACAAUUUAUCUCUCUCACUUCCCUUUUGAUCUACCCAUUUUAAUGAUAAAAUGAAGAUAAAUGACACCCUCGUCAAUCAUUUUUGUGUUACAAAUAAAGAUUUCCAGAAAACUUAGCGGGUUUUGUAAAAAUUAUAGUAUAAAAGGUGUUAGAUCAACAUUUGUUAGAAGACUGUGUGAAAUAUGCGAAGCCUAGUUUUUGCGUUGGUUUUUCUAGUCAAGUUUGGCGAAUUGUGUCAUCCCGCGACGGAUUCGAGGAGGUUUUUGAGAGGUGAGAAAAUUUUUGGUGGGAGAAAAAUUCAUUUGAAAGAGUUACAGGAUCUACUAGUACACCAACUUCAAUUGAUAUCAAGAAAAAUCCAGUUGGGAUAACUCAAGAAUCCAGAAAUCUAGCUGGCGAUGUGAGAAGUGGCAAACAACAAUCUGGAUCUGGUGGGACCAUUGAAAAUCUAUCUGGUGACGCUACACACAAUCUGGAUACCAGUCAUAGAAAUGGUCCUAGUAGAACUGGAAAGACUCAAGGUUUGAACAUCAAACAGGAUACUACAAACAAAAAUCUUGGACCUGCAGUAUCAGGAGGCUCGGGAGGUCUAGAAGAAGCUUCGAAAACAUCUGGAGGUGGAUCUGGAAAUAUCAAUCAAGGUCCGAAUAUUGAGGAAGAUUCGGAGAAUGUUACUGAUGGAAUUACGGGACCUGACAGUAUAGGGAGCUUGGGAGGAACCUCAAACAGCAAAGAAAAUUCUAAAAAUGGAAAUUCUGGCUCAGGAGGUUCAGUAGAAGGCUCAAACACCAAAGAAAAUUUUAAAAAUGGUUCCAAGAAUGGAAAUUCUGGCUCAGGAAGUUUGGAAGGAACCUCAAACACCAAAGGAGAUUCUGAAAAUGGAAAUUCUGGCUCAGGAGGUUCAGCAGAAGGCCCGAAUCACAAAGGAGAUUCAGAAAAUGGUUCCAAGAAGCCUACCAACAUCAAGAGCACCACCGAAGAACCCCCAUACACCCCUGAUCCCUUGGCCAAGUGUCCAACUCCUGAUUGGAUUCUCUUUCAUCGUCAUCGCUACUCUUGGUGCAUGCUACCCAUCCUGGACUCCCAAGUGACCCCCCAAACCGCCUUGGCCACUUGCCAACAGCAAGGCAAUUCCCUCGCAGUCCCCACGGGCUUCGAGAAUAUCCCGGAGAUCAUCAGAAUUGUUCCGAUCCUCGCCAAACAAUCCAAUUAUCUCCCCAAAAAUUUGAUAAUUGGUGGCGAGCACGUUGGUGACAAAUAUGAGUGGACUGAUGGUGUGACACGUGGCAAUCGGGGUUGGAAUUGGGCAAAGGGAAAGCCACGUGGCAAGCGAUUCGUGAUUAUCAGCGGAUAUGGAGGUUUUGAUGAUGUGGAUGGGGAGAGCAAGCAAGAUGGUGUGAUUUGUGGUGUCAAAGCGAGCAGGAAUUUUUGA